UCUGGGGGCACUUAGCUGAUCAGUCAGCACUCUUGUCAUUGUUGGAUAUCUAAUCCAGGAUCCAGUGAGGUCAGCUCAGGCGUUGUGUCUCUUCCGGUUUCAUGUGACAGUCAGACAGCUGUUAUGGCGGUGUUCAGAGAUCAGGAAGGAGCUGAGCCUGUAGCACCCAACCUGGUCAAGUUCACUCACUGCGAUCGAGACAUUUACAGCAGCUCCGUCCCUCAGCAGUGCCCACUCUGUGGGCAAAAUCCAGUCAGCUCCUGGGACCUGGAGACGGCUCCUGUCAGCAUUCCCAGCCCUUUUACGAACGCACACAGGGAAAAAUGCUCUUUUGUACUGAGACCAACAAAAGGACACUUUCUAGGGGAGUACGAUGGCAGCUCAGAUAUCCAUGUCGGCAUCACAAGUUCUAAAGGAACUGUGCAUCAUUACAAUGAAACUGGCACCCACAAAGACACCACUGGCUGGGAACAGUGUGUGGGCAUACCACUAGUGCCACCCGACCAAUACGCCCUCAUCCAUCAGUGGGAUUCCUAUCUAGAAGAGUUCUCCUGUAAUGAGACAUGGCUGCCUUACAGAUACGAUGAAAAAGAACACAACUGCUACACGUAUGCCCUGAAGUUCAUCAACAGCCUCCUGCAUCUACAGGAGAAGAAAACUUUCACCAAAGAGGAAUUUACCGAGAAAUUUGUAUUGCCAAGAACCCGCCGGGCGUCUAAGUACAUCACCCUGUGCCAUGAGGUGUCCAGGAAUUACUACUACAUGGUAGACCACCCUAGAUAGAAUGGAUGGGCGAUAAGAAGCCAGUGGACAAAUGGCACAUGACCUAUGUGCAGAAUAAACUGACAAUGUUUGGUAAAAUUAACCCCUUAAGGACCAGGCCCAUUUUGGCCUUAACCCCUUCAGGACCAAGCCCAUUUUGGCCUUAAGGACCAGAGCGUUUUUUGCACAUCUGACCACUGUCACUUUAAACAUUAAUAACUCUGGAAUGCUUUUAGCUAUCAUUCUGAUUCCGAGAUUGUUUUUUCGUGACAUAUUCUACUUUAACAUAGUGGUAAAUUUUUGUCGAUACUUGCAUCCUUUCUUGGUGAAAAAUCCGUAAUUUGAUGAAAAAUUUGAAAAUUUUGCAUUUUUCUAACUUUGAAGCUUUCUGCUUGUAAGGAAAAUAGAUAUUACGAAUACAUUUUUUUUUUUUGGAUCACAUAUACAAUAUGUCUACUUUAUGUUUGCAUCAUAAAAUUGAUGAGUUUUUACUUUUGGAAGACACCAGAGGGCUUCAAAGUUCAGCAGCAAUUUUCCAAUUUUUCACAAAAUUUUCAAACUCGAUAUUUUUCAGGGACCAGUUCAGGUUUGAAGUGGAUUUGAAGGGUCUUCAUAUUAGAAAUACCCCAUAAAUGACCCCAUUAUAAAAACUACACCCCCCAAAGUAUUCAAAAUGACAUUCAGUCAGCGUUUUAACCCUUUAGGUGUUUCACACGAAUAGCAGCAAAGUGAAGGAGAAAAUUCACAAUCUUCAUUUUUUACACUCAUAUGUUCUUGUAGACCCAAUUUUUUUAUUUUUACAAGGGGUAAAAGGAGAAAAUUUUUACUUGUAUUUGUAGCCCAAUUUUUCUCGAGUAAGCACAUACCUCAUAUGUCUAUGUAAAGUGUUCGGCGGGCGCAGUAGAGGGCUCAGAAUGGAAGGAGCGACAAGGGGAUUUUGGAGAGUAUGUUUUUCUGAAAUGGUUUUUGGGGGGCAUGUUGCAUUUAGGAAGUCCUUUUGGUGCCAGAACAGCAAAAAAAACCCACAUGGCAUACCAUUUUGGAAACUAGACCCCUCGGGGAAUGUAACAUGGGAUAAAGUGAGCCUUUAUACCCCACAGGUGUUUCACGACUUUUGCAAAUGUAAAAAAAAAAAAAAAUUUUUUACCUAAAAUGCUUGUUUUCCCAAAAAUUUUACAUUUUAAAAAAGGGUAAUAGCAGAAAAUACCCCUAAAAAUUUGAAGCCCAAUUUCUCCCGAUUCAGAAAACAUCCAAUAUGGGGAUGAAAAUUGCUCUGCUGGCGCACUACAGGUCUCGGAAGAGAAGGAGUCAGAUUUGGCUUUUUGAAAGCAAAUUUUGCUCUGGGGGAAUGCCGCAUUUAGGAAGCCCCUAUGGUGCCAGAACAGCAAAAAAAAAAAAAACACAUGGCAUACCAUUUUGGAAACUAGACCCCUCGGGGAACGUAACAAGGGGUAAUGUGAACCUUAAUACCCUACAGGUGUUUCACGACUUUUGCAUAUGUAAAAAAAAAAAUUUUUUUUUAACCUAAAAUGCUUGGUUUCCCAAAAAUUUUACAUUUUUAAAAAGGGUAAAAGCAGAAAAUACCCCCCAACAUUUGUAACACAAUUUCUCCCGAGUACGGCGACACCCCAUAUGUGGCCCUAAACUGUUGCCUUGAAAUACGCCAUGCGCAUUUGAGGCCUACAUUAGGGACUUGCAUAAGGGUGGACAUAGGGGAAUUCUACGCCAGUGAUUCCCAAACAGGGUGCCUCCAGCUGUUGCAAAACUCCCAGCAUGCCUGGACAGUCAACGGCUGUCCGACAAUACUGGGAGUUGUUGUUUUGCAACAGCUGGAGGCUCCGUUUUGGAAACAGUGGCGUACCAGACGCUUUCAUUUUUAUUGGGGAGGGGGGCUGUGUGUUUUUUACUUUUUAUUUUAUUUUUUGUGGUAGUGUAGUGUAGUGUUUUUAGGGUACAGUCACA